AGCUCUUUCAGCGACAUCGUCGUUUUUUAAGAUAACGGGAAAUCUGAAAAGCUUUUAUGAGUUUCAGAAGAGAAAGAUGGAGAAGGUGAGGUUGACUUGGCCGUAGUUAGAUGCACAUCUAAUGUGUCUGGAAAAUUCGGACUGAGAAGAAAUCUUGCUGGUCUGGACAGUUUGGUGAAACAGCAUGGAUACCAGGCACAAAGACAUCUUGGUGACUCGCAGGCCAGAGUUGGUAGAAAAUCUGAACAUGAGAGAUGGUCUCUUCACCCAGCUGAUCGCUCGCAAAGUUCUCAGUGGCCGAAUGGUCCGGACCAUACAGCAUGGAAAAACACCAGACCAGCAAGCGGAAGACCUGCUGAAUAUCCUUCCCACCAGGGGGCCGAAAGCGUUCGACUUAUUCUGCGAGUCUUUGGAAGCUGACGAUCAAUCUGAGCUUGUGAGACUCUAUCUUCGUGGUGACGGGAAUUUGGGAAAAGACGAAGAUGACAGUUCAUCCAGAGGAAGUACAUCUCAAAAACUCGACAGAUCCUCCCCAAUUCUCAUUGCCAUACGUGAAGAUGAUCUCAAACGAUACAAUAUUCAGUGUUAUUCCAAAUCAACACGGGAGAAAAAAGAGGAGGAAUUGACUCAUGGGAACCCUCCACCAUUUGAAGAAAAUGAGACUAGAAUGGUGUUAAAACAUUACCUGUCAGAGCCCCCACCCCCAUACCAGCUCAACUCAGAACAAACAUUGCCCAUCAAGUCGUGUACCUCUGUCGGAUCUUCCUCCCACAAUCCCUCUGAUGUGAACAGAGCCGACAGCUUAGAUACUAUGAACAAACGACCUUCCACCUCCAGCUCUCACAGUAAUGACAUGCCAGUGUGCUCACGCAUCUUGUUAUCACCAAGAAACAUAAAGCCUGUAGCAGGGAAGCUGAUCCCUGACUCGGAGGAUGAAGGGAUAGAUUUGACAGACGGACCAGUCAAUGUCAGAGUGGAGCGAUGCGAAAGAUACUUCUAUCUUCAAAACUACAAAAGUGCAUACCCCAUGAACAGAAUUCCCCGAGGGAACGCUAUCAUCCUCAAUGUGAACGAGGUGGUUGGACGAGGCCCCAGGAAGGGGACGGACAUUGACAGAGAUAACAUGAAGAACCUGCUCACCCAGCUGGACUUUGAUGUGCAGGUGUACAAUGACAUUGAUGGUCUGACAGCACGGGAAAUGGUGGAGAAACUGCGUGACUUUUCGCGAGAAGAGUCUCAUUAUGACUCCAACUGUUGCAUCAUAGUCUUGCUGAGUCACGGAGAGGAGGGCUAUAUCUUCGGUACAGAUGGUCUGAAGAUACCAAUGUCGGGCAUAUUUGCCAUGUUUGACAAUGCUAAUGCGCCAGGACUGGUGGGAAAGCCAAAAAUAUUUUUUGUCCAGGCUUGCAGAGGAGGAGCGCUAGACAAAGGCGUGUCGUGUGACGAGACAGAUGGUGGUACAGACAUGACGGAGACUGUUGCUAGGAUACCAUCUCAGUCUGAUAUGUUGAUAUGCUACCCUACACAAGAAGGUUAUUAUGCUUGGAGGAAUCGAGACAGAGGUAGCUGGUACAUAGAGGGCAUCGUCCAAAUCUUCAUGAAGUAUGCCAAAAAUGAAGACAUCUGUGCCAUGCUCAACAGGGUCAACCACUUAGUGUCCAAGAAGUUGUCAAAAAGUUUACACUCAGAAAUGGAUCAGAUGACGCAGAUGUCGGAAUACAAGAGCACCCUACGGAAACCCCAUUUUUACUUCUUCCCUGGCAUCGGUAGCCAGUGACUUCAAUCAUGUUUCUUCCGUGUAGAAUGCAGUUCGGGUACAGAGUCAACCGUAGGAAUACCUAGUUUUACUUCUUCCAUGGUAUCUGCGGCCAGUGACUUUGUGUGACUGAUUAAAAUCGUGUUUCUUCCAUAUGCAAUGCAGUUCGGGUACAAAGUCAUUCUAAGGAAGACCUGUCUUUACUUAUUCCAUGAUAUCUGCAAGUCAGUGACCUUGUGUGACUGAUAAAAAUCAUGUCUCCUCCAUGUGGAGUGGAUUUUGGGGAUUUGGGUACAAAGUCAACAUAAGCAAGUUCCAUGGUGACAUUUUCUUAAGUAUGAACAGCAGGUGGCUUCUUUGUGAAAUAAACCUUUGUGACAGAUAAAAACUCAUGUGUUUCUCCACGUUGAGUGGUGUUGGGGUACGAGUCAUUUCAUGGAAGCCCCAUUUUUACUUCUGCUUUUGUAUCGUCAGCCAGUGACUUCAUUGUGACUGGUAAAAAACAAAAUUGUACUUUCUGUGUGGAAUAUAUGAAGGAAUGACAUAUGGCUCUGUGGUAUCAUCGUGACUGGUAAAACCAUUUUUGUUUACCAUUUGGAGAACAGCUUUAUAAACUCUGCCAACAGUCCUUGUUUCUUCCAGGGGGUGGAGACAUACAUCUUGUUUUCGAUCUGUUGUGAAGAUACUUGUUUUCAUUGUAUGUGAAUCUGAAGAAUGUUGGGAAGUUUUAUUACUUGAAGAAUCUUUUUAGUAGACUAGUGAAAAACUGUUUUAUCUUUUCAUUUUCAUUUACAUGGAAUUGAGUAAGUUCCUCAUGACCUUUUUAUAUGCCAAGAAAACAAAGAUUUGCACAUGUACAUUGCUGAAUCAUUCAAAACAUUCCCUGUGAAAAGAUGGUGCUAAAGUCAACACAUUUGUCAUCUACAUUAUGACAUAGAAAGAUGUUUUAUACCUUGUUAAAAAUUUGUACAAUCAUCGGUGAAUAUUUUUCAUAAACUGUCUGAAUACCAAACAGCUCACUAAAUGAGUUCACAUCCUCCAUAAAAACAACAUGGGAAAAUUGUGCUAUGUUUUAUUGUAUAGCUUACAUGGUUAAACACUUAUAAAAAUUACUAAAUUAAUUAUUCUCAUCAAGACUGAGAUAAAUUGAGUCUUGUCAUGCACUUAUUUUUCAAAUUCAAUGUGUAGAUCUGAGAUUUCAUUCUUGCUAUGAUCUUGGAAAUUAUGAAUACCAUUGCUUAUCAAGCUGUGCUAAUGGGUUGUCCUAGAAGAAUCUCAUUUAGCAGUGGUCUUAACUGGGUACAGAAUCAUCACUGGUUGAUUGCUAUGUGUAAAUUGACUCGAUUUGCAACUUGUAAAAUUGGUUGGCAUUAGAUAAUCUUCCUGAAACUCUUCCACCUCAGUUGGAACUUUCAGAAGGCUUGGAAGAGCUUUUGGAAGGAGAUUAGCUCAAAUCAAGUGGACAGGAUAUAUAUUUUGGAAGAAAAAUAGCUCAGAUGGAGUGGAUUGAAGAAAAGUGCAAAGCGAGUUGUUCUCUUGAUUGGUCAUCGUAGACUAAGCUGAAGUUUAGGUACUUUAUUUGUUGUUCACUGAUGUGUGACCAAGUUUUUCUGCCUUAACCCAGGAUUCCCUAUCUGCACUGUAGGCCAAUCAGAGUUGAUUCUGUAACAAGUACCAAUACUUGAUUGUGGGUAUUGCCUUGGACCCUGUUUUUGUCUACUCACAAAGCUCACAUCCAACAGGCAAAACAUUGAAACAUACAAAUUUGUGGACUGUUAAACCCAUGGCAGAGUGUGCAAUAUUUUACAUUGCAAUUCAUAAAUCGAUUUGUUAUGAGCAAGCAGUGGAUCUGAGUUCUAUAUUUUUUGUAUACAUAUACGUAUGGCUUGAAUCUAUACAUGCAAGUAUAAAUGUCUGAUGGUUUCAAAGAAAUAGAGGUACUAUAGUACAACAUGGGUACAUAUGCACGCACGCCAAUCUUAUUUUGAAUGCAAAUUGACAUGUACAUUAAUUUUAAGCUUUAUUUGACUGUAUACAUUGAAGAUUAAAAUCUUCAAGCACUGUUAAAGGAGAAAUAAAUAGUAAUUAGAACUACAUGCCAUCACUGCCAGUUUGUUUUGAGGAUUAUAUUACUUUGUAUUGUUUUAUUAUGGUCCAGUUAUAAAUUUCCAUUUUUUCCCUCAUUUUAAUGUUGAAAUCUUUUGUUUUAAUCCUAAUAGUCACUAAGGAACAAAUUGUUUAGUAAUUUUAUGUAUAUGCAGUAAGAUUUGUCCAAUUUGUUUAUAAUUCUAGAGUUUUGUAAUUCAGAUAUUUUUUUAUUGUUGAAUGCAAUGAUCUUUUAUAUAUGUCCUGUACAUUUUCUUCAGUUUUGUUUUCUUCUUUCUGUCUUCUUUUUUUGCUCCUAUGGUGAGGAUAUAUAACGCAUUUAUUCUUGCACCAAAUUUUACAUAUGAAGAAAAUACAGUACUGGUAUCACAUGAGUUUUUACUGCUCUCAGUAAUUGGUAGUUAAAACACAACCCUGUAGCCUGAUUAGAACAAGGGGUUAUGUGUACGGAAGAUCCUGCCAGUUGCUACUAAUAUGAUAUUAAUUGUGUUAUAAAGACAAAACAGUUUUGAAAAUAUUUUACAAAGUUUCUCUCAGACUGUCUGCUCUUUAAAAUGCUCUUUAGGGGAAACAAUACGUCCUACACUGUGGAGCCAAAUUGCAUCUUUUGGCUCAAUUGUGUAAGAUUUGAUUCAAUAUCUCGUGCUGUAUUUUUGGCUAGUGUGUAAACUUCAAUCUCUAGAAAACCAAAGUUAGUUUGCCUUGAAGUGUAUGGUACAUUUUGUUAAACGUGUACUUGUUCAUUUGCUUUUCUAAAUUCAUUUGCUUUUCUAAAAUUUGUCAAUUUUAUGCUUACGUAUUACUGGCAAGUUCAAGUUUUGAAUAUGUACCUUAAAAUUCUUUUCCUUGAGAACAUUACAAUCCUUGUAAAUUUGACACAACCCCAUCUAAAGCAUUGAGCAGUCAUAGUAACAUGAAAAUAGUUAUUUGAAGGUUUAUAUAAUGGUGAGACACUUUCAUUCUGAAGAACUGGAAUGAUAGUACGAUUUUGCAACUUUUAGUUUUUAACGGUGGUUGCCAACUUCAUUCAAGUUAUAAUUCCAUGAUUGAACAAAUUUUUUCAUCAUACACAAACUUGUGUAAUUUGAUAUUGCAGAAAUAUAUGUUGUGUAGAUUUUUUUUUAUGUUGCUGACAGAUGCCAGGUAUGUUAUUCGUUCAACUCGACACCGUCUUGUGCAGAUUAAUCUUCAGCUGUUCAGAUAUGCCUUUGCAAUGAAGCCUAUGCCAUAACUGUUUUAAUUGGUCAGUCAGCCUUGCUAUGAAUGUUGCCAGUACAUACUUGUAUUUUUUAAUUAUCUGUUCGUAUGUACAUCACCAGAUAUGUAAUGGCCUUGUUCAUACAAUAUAAUACAUGUAUUAUAAUUGUUUGUUCAUAUGCACAUUGCAUGACAUACAUGUUAUGGCCUUGUCAUACAAUAUAAUACAUGUAUUAUAAUUGUUUGUUCAUAUGCACAUUGCUUUACAUACAUGUAAUGGCCUUGUCAUACAAUAUAAUACAUGU